AUGGAAGAUGCUGAUGGUCACUGUAAUCUUGGAUCCGGUUCCAAAUUGAAAGGCUUCCGAACUGAUCAAGGAGCCAAGAUUUUGCCACAAGAUUCAGGAAGUAGGAUGGAAAAUUCCAAACGCAAGGUGAGCCCCGCCAUGCUGGCUUCUCGUACCUCUACUUCUAAACGAUCUCAGGCAUCGUCGGCUCUCAAAGCAGCCAACAAGUACAAGCCGCAGUAUCCUUCCUUCAAAGUAGUUAUCCGGCCACAUAAUCUAUUGGGGCAUAAUGUGGUAAGAGAAGAACCUGAGAUAUUGGUUCUCAAUAUCCAAGGUGCUUUUUUUAAGGGACGCAUCAAUGGAAGCAUGCAAGCCGCAACUCUUAAGCAUUUGGACGGAUCAUGGCCAGUGAAGCUCCUGUACUACCCACAACAUGGCUCAGGAAAGCUCUCUGCCGGUUGGGGCGCGUUUCAGAAAGGAAUUUCUCUAAAGGAAGGAGAUGUCUGUGUGUUCGAGCUUGUUAGAAAUGAUGAUAUUGAAUUCAAAGUCUCCAUUUUUAGAAGGAAUGUCGAGACUUAG